CAAUCCUAUGAGUGAGGUUAAUAACUUUCCAGGGGAGACAUGGAAGGACUUUGGGAGAGAUUGUUAGGUACUUGGGUUCACAUUUCUGAAGACAGUAUGAGGGAAAAAGGAGACAUGGGAAGUAUGGAGAAGUGGCUCAGACCCUUUGUUGAGAGGAAGGGAUGGGACUAUUGUGUUGUUUGGAAAUUGGGUGAUGAUCCUUCAAGGUUUAUUGAAUGGAGCGAUUGCCUAUGUAGUGGAUGUGGAAAUGUCAAAAAGGAAAGGGAUGAGAAAAUUCUGGGUCCCCUCUGCAGGGAUGCCCAUUUCCAGCAUCCUGUAAGGACAAAGGCUUGUGAAGCUCUUGCCCAAUUUCCUGCAUUCUUGUCUCUUUAUGCUGGGGUUCAUGGAGAUGUGGUGAUAUCAAAACAACCACUGUGGCUUGCUGGUGCAGAUGCUUCUGAUGAUUCAGAGACUUCAAUUGAAUCAAUGGGCACCAGAGUUCUGAUACCGGUUUUGGGUGGUCUAAUUGAGCUUUUUGCUUCAAAACAUAUACCAGAAGAUCAGAAAAUGUUGGAAUUAGUAACAACUCAAUGCAAUGCUCUUGUAGAAUCUGAACAAAGCUCUAUAAUUACAAGCGUGUGCAUCAAUGAACAAAGUAUAGAUCCCUCGCUGGAAGAAAACCUGCAAAAAUUGCCACUUUCUUAUCGUUCUUCAACUGUCAUUCCCAUAGUACAUCCUUCCCCAAUAACCCAACUCCGUGCAAAUCCUAGCUUUGAGGGAUCAUCCAUUGGUCCUAAUCUUCCAAUUGAAGACUUGACACUUGCUUCAGCUUCUGCAUAUAUUUCCCCAAGCAAAUCAAAACAGUUAAUUAAAAAUCAUUGCACUAAAAGACCCAGUUGCAGUGACAAUGUUUACAAGCAAGGAGGAGGCUCUGUUUUGAAUUGUGACAACAAACCUGCUAAAGAUAAUGCUAGAGUUUCCCGGUGCCGGGAUAAAGAGCAUUACUACUCUAAGAAUCUUGUCACAGAGAGGAACAGGAGGAACAGGAUUAAAGAUGGACUCUUUACUCUGCGUGCUCUUGUCCCCAAGAUAUCCAAGAUGGAUAGAGCUGCUAUUCUUGGAGAUGCAAUUGAUUACAUAAGGGAGUUGAAGGAAGAGGAGAAGAGACUAAGGCAAGAGCUCAAGGAACUUGAAGAAGAAAAUAGAGAAAAGAGCAAGCUAGAAUUGAAGUCUACAAAAUUACAUGGGGUGAAUAAGGUCGCCAACCCUCCUGCAGGGCACAGCCAAUCUUCCUCUGGCCCCGGCAAAACUGCAAUGAUGGAGGUCCAUGUGGAAGUGAACCAGUUAACCAGACAAGAGUUUCUGAUUAGGGUGUUUUGUGAGCACAAAAGAGGUGGAUUUACAAGGCUGAUGGAGGCACUAAACCACUUGAGCCUUCAGGUGAUUGAUGCCAAUGUUACUGCACUGGAUGGGAAAAUGAUGAACACUCUCAGAGUUGAGGCAAACAAGAUGGAUCUUCAACCAAAGAAAUUACGAGACUCAUUGACUAAGCUAAUUAACAAGCGAGGAGAAUCGCCUGUGGAUAGAAGGAAUGGUACAGAAAAUGAAGCAAAGAAGGUAAAAUCGUAAUUUUUUCUGUAAAACCAAACUGAGCAUUCAUAGCUCUUCCGUUCCUGUAUUUUCUCCUGUUCCAGCAACCAUUUACUUUUUCAUAUUGUUUACGUUGAAAGCCACAGAAGCUUAGGAAGUAUCUAUCAUGAGAAGAAAAUUUACUGACAGAAGUAGUCAAUACAAGCUCCUCUUUUGUUUAAUAAAAUUGCUUGAAAGUAUUCAUUCAAAAUCGAGACUGUCUUGUGUUAGUACCUGUAGAUUUUAGUAUCCAAGAAGAGAAUGAAUGCUCAUAUUUUAC